AUGUGGACAACCUUGGACGUAGGCAUCAAGUUCAGCAAACCUACCAACAUUCGAUCUCAGCUCUCCAGAAUCUACGAAGAAAAAGGACAUGGAGGCAUUGUGCCUACUGGCGAUUCCAAGUCGUCCUUGUCUAUGGGUGGUAAUCUCGAUGAGCUGGAAGGUCCCACAACGGCGGAAGCCGAGGACAGGGAGGAGACUUUACCUACACAAGGGCAAAAUGACCAGAUCGAGCUAGAUACAAAUGCCAGGUUUGCAGCUCUCAAGCGCUUCUACACGAAACAGAUUGAGGAUACCUCUGUUUCGGCUACAGAUCCGCUGGCAUCGGACUUCGGGGCAGCAUUCUCUUCGCCUAGCGCAUUAAGUCGAAUCAUGUCGCUUUAUACAUCAUCGUCGCAUCUGUAUGGAGGCGGUGCAAAGAAAGCCAAGUCAAAGCCACCAGUCAUGCGAGAAGCUCUUACUCCGGGUGAAGGCGUCAAAGUAGCUAACGGCGCAAAAGAAAGGUCUAUCAUCAAUCGGAUGGCAUCAGAAGAUUGCGCCUGGGACGAUAUGCUCUCCAAGGAGCAACGAGCAUUCCAAGAUCCAGAGGCACGAUUUAUGGAGGAGCUUCGCCCACUGCCUGUUUUGCUGCGUACUAAACGAUCGAAACGUUGCAAGUCGUGCAAACAUAUUUUGGUGAAGCCUGAAAUCAAACCCGCAUCAACACGAUUCAGGAUUAGACUCAUCGCGUUGAGUUAUAUUCCGCUUCCGACAUUACGACCAUUGAUGCCUGCAGCAUUACCAGGACAGUCUGUAUCCGCCACAUCGCUACUUCAGCCAAAUUUAGACUCUCUCACGCCACUACGACCUAUUCAGUACCUUCUGACACUAAAAAACCACAUGUUCGAUCCAGUCAAAGUAACGCUGGCCACUCCGUCGGUGACUCCUGGACGAAUAGGGUCGAAGGUUACUAUACUUUGUCCGCAAUUCGACCUAGGCGCAAACAGCGACGUAUGGGACGAGGCUUUACAAGCUGGACCAGCGGCGCCGACUUCCUCGUCAAUAGCAACAUUAACAUCAUCGGCAGGACGAGCCGGCAACGUAUCAGGCUAUGAAAAGGUGGCUGAAGCCGGCAAAGUAUGGGACAAGGGACGCAAUUGGACAACCGUGGUUGUAGAGGUUGUUCCUGAGGUUUUACCGGGUACGCAACAGCCCGGCAUUCCAUCAACGCCAAGCAAAGCCGGCAAGAAAAAAGACUCUGAUGUGGCAGAAGAUGAAGAGGAAGAUGCCGACACUCCGAUGCGUGAAGACGAAGACGUGCUCGAAAUCCCCAUCUUUGUACAUAUGGAAUGGGACGCAGAAAAUCAAAUAGAUCAAGAUGACGGAGCUAGCGGUGAUAAGACUCACCUGCGCGAAAGAGUCGGGGGAGACAGCGAAACUCAAAAGUCAGACUCGAUUAAGCGUGAAUUGGCUUAUUGGAUGGUGCUUGGGGUGGGCAGAAUAUCUCCGAAACUUUUUUAG